AUGGUUUCGGAAGAAGACUGCAUGAAGGCUCUGGCUCGUAAAGUUAAUGAUGUAGACGGAAUUCCUUACCGUCCAUUUCACUGGACUCCAAACUUUAAAGAAGAAGAAGAACCCUCGAUUGUACCGGUGUGGAUUGUACUUCCAGGUUUGCCUCCUAACUAUUAUCAUGAGUCCUUUCUUAAAAUUCUUACAGCCCCUAUUGGUAGAUUUAUUAGAAGUGAUAACUCUACUCGUUGUGUUACUCGAACCGAUGGUGUUCGUAUUUGUGUGGAAAUGGAUGUUGCAAAGAAACCUUUACCUUAUUUUUGGAUUGGGAUGCCUGGUCUGGGAACUAGCCGAAAGCAAGAAAUUAUAUAUGAAACUCUGCCUGCGUUCUGUUCUAAGUGUAAAAUACAGGGGCACAAUUUAAAGACUUGCCGUGCUGGGAAAAAGAGUGCAGGAAGUAAUGUGUGGGUUCGACAACAAGAACCGAUUGUGGAAGAGCCGACAGAAAAGAUUACUACCCCAGUUGUUGAGGAUACAGAAGUUGAAACAAACAAAGGUACUGAAGAGAAUCGGGUGUUAGGUGAUCCCAUUCUUUUGGUUGAGGAGUUGGAACUGGAAAAGGAUCAAGAGGAAAAUCUUGAGAUUGCGGAUCUUGCGGAAGAAAUGAACCCAGUACGCUUGGAAGAUGGUUCGAUGUCUGAUCCGGAACCUGAGAAAAAUGCGGAAGUAUUUUUGCAGGAGAAGGAAUAUCAUUCAGAUGCAGAAGAUGAAGUUGUAAAGAGAAAAUAUCAAAAGCUGCAGUUUGAGAAAAUCAGGAGCUCCAGGCGGGUGAUCACUAGAACACAAAAGUUUACUCAAUGA